GCCAGCACCUCUAUUGAAGGGGCACGGAUAAAUUGUUCGCCAAUUUAUUUCGUAAAUUAUCACAAUGAUGCGAAUCGCAUCUAUAAAAAUUUGGCAAACUUUUGCUGUUCUCAAUUGGCAACUUUUUCUUCCUUGUGUCUUGUGCAUCGAAAUAAUUGUUGAGCCUCCUCCGCCCUUCGCAGAAACGAGGAAUGGAUGGGUUGAAGGGUACAUUCAAGAAACGGUGGGAGGACAUCCCAUAGUUGCGUUUGAAGGGAUCAAAUACGCCGAAGGGCCAACUGGGCAGCUUCGAUUCAGGGACCCUGUUCCAGUUAAACCCUGGACCGGAAUUUUCGAAGCUGUUAAAAAAUCUCCGGCAUGCUUACAACUUGACAUGUCUAAAUUCAUGUAUCUUCAUGGAACCGAAGAUUGUCUAUUUCUUAAUGUUUAUACUCCAGUGUUCGGUGAUGCGAUUCCUCCUGAUCCUGUAAAGAAAACAGGAAGGGAGAGUAAAUUACCAGUCUUAAUUUAUAUUCAUGGAGGUGGCUACAUUUACGGUCGAAGUUCUGAAAUCGGUGCUGCUUACUUGCUCAAUAAGGAAAACGUAGUCCUAGUUACGAUUAAUUAUCGUGUCGGUGUGUUAGGAUUCUUCAGCACUGGAGACGAUGAAGCAUCUGGCAAUUGGGGAAUGAAAGAUCAAGCUCUUGCAAUAAAAUGGGUGGUCGAAAAUAUUGAAAACUUUGGGGGCGACCCGAAACGAAUCACGCUCGUCGGGAACAGUGCGGGAGCAGCAAGUGUUGGACUGCACAUGGUCUCGCCACAAAGCAAAGACUUAUUUCAGCAAGCAAUUCUCGAAUCCGGAUCCCCAUUUGCGAAUUGGGCCGUGCAAAACGAGACGUACUCGAGUUCCAUGGUCGUCGCAAGAGAAAUGGGUUGUCAUAAAAGGGGGAAUUCUGCCGCCAUUGUUUCCUGUCUUCGGGCAAAAGAUGCCGAUUGGGUGGUCGGCAGGUCGAUCAAGGCGUGGAGGAUGCUUCUCUUGUCGAGACUUCCGUUCGGACCGGUGGUCGAGUCGGCAUGGACAAAAUCCCCCUUUCUCACUGAGGCACCGGAAGUGUCGUACCGACACGGGAGAGUUAGUCGCGUUCCGAUGAUUGUCGGAUUAAAUAAGGAUGAAGGUUCCGUUUUCGCGGCGGGAAUUCAACUAUACCCUAGCCAUCGUACCCAUAUAAACCUAAAUUGGAACAGUAUCAUACCGUACGCGUUAAGUUUUGAGAACCGGACCACUCCCCAAAAUGCUGGACAAAUUGCACAGAAAAUUAAAACUUAUUAUUUAGGAAAAGAUCCCAAAAUUACGUUUCGGAAUCGAAAGAAGUGGAUGAAGAUAUUCGGAGACAGAAUGAUCGUCCAAGGGGUUCACGCCAUGAUGGAGCAACAUUCCAAAAUCGCCCCUACGUAUGGAUACAUGUUUUCCUACGCGGGAGAGCGAUCCAUCGUGCAAACUAUCGGGCUGAAUCGGGACAACUGGGGGGUCGCUCAUACGAAUGAAAUGCUCUAUUUGUACAACAAUACGAAACAGUUUCCCAAUAUGAACGAGACCAGUAAGGAUUUCAAAGUUUUGGAAACUUUGGUCAAUUUAUGGACCAGUUUUGCAGAAACGGGAACCCCCAGUCUGAACGAAUCCGAUUACCGAUCCCCUGCUAAAAUCUGGAAGCCCAUUUCACCCUCUGCAAUGCAACUAUUGGAGAUUAAUUUCGUUAACCAGGUUCCAAGAAUGAUAAAAUUUCCGCAAGAAAUUUCCGAAAGGGUGGAAUUCUGGAAAAGUCUGGGACUUCGUGGUGAUCCUGUGUUUCUAUAAAAUUCUGUUAUAUGUAAAUACACACAAGCCUAAAAUAUAAAUUCAAAAUUGAACAUAAAAUCCAACAAACGACCCAAGUUCUCUGCCACUGAAAGGCUAAUUUCCCACUCCCCUCAGUACAAUUUAUUAUCCAACGAGAUAUAUUUUGCAAGAUUGUGUACAAAAUUGUAAUAAAUAUGACUAAAAUUGCAUACAUAAA